AUGGCGCAGCCAGGAAAUGCAGCAGCAGCACGAGUCUCUCCUCUAACGCAGCAGCAGCAGCCGCAGCAGCAGCAGCACAGCUUCGACCGCCGCGACAGGCGCGCGCAGUCGUUAGAAUCGCAGAGGAAGCGCGACAGGGCCUCUGGUUUCGACCUUGACGCCUCGUCCGAGUCUCGCGCCGCCAAGUCCGCUAGAACCGGCGCCUGCGCUUCGAGUCAACCUUCCUCCUCCUCCACUCGCCCUUCCUCCUCUCAAUCGUCCCCCAGCUCCUCCUUCCCCUCGGCCUCCCUCUCGUCUCGCGCGGUGGACAUGGGCGGGGAGGAGUGGAGAGGGGUGUCGGAGGAGGCAAAGGGGUUGGUGCGGUGCCUGCUGCAGCGGGAUCCCAGGAAGCGGUCACCUGCUGGGAAGAUUAUGACUCACCCGUGGAUCCUGCUUAACUGCCUUGGUGGGAGGAUUCUCAGGCAGCAGCUGGCGAAGAAACCCACUGCUGCUGGCGCGCCUGCUUCUGCUGCUGUUGCUGGAGCAGGAGCGUCGGCCCACGCUGCUCUUCCUCUCCCCUUCCAAUCCAACCCAGCUCCGUUACCUCAUCACGGCUCCUCUCCCGCCUUUCAGCCCGACUCCUCUGCCUAA